GGCCCAUUUAUACAUUUUAACUUAAUCCACCUUGACCAAUAGCGCCCUUAUUGCAGACAUCAUCAUUGCAAAUAUAGUAUACAUUUAUUUUAUAGAGCUUUAAGUUAAUAAAUGAGCUAUUAGAAUUAUCGUGAACAUAUUACAAUAUUCCAAGUGUUAUGUCCCAAUCCAACAUCUAACGUAGUUCUUUCUCUGUUGAAAUAUAGGCCUAGAAAGAUCAUGAACUGCCCAUCGUAUAUUUCCAAAGUGAGGAUCUGAUUUAAAAGACUUUGUCGAUACAGCAUUCAUUCGUGUGAUACAUAUAACUUAUAAAAUGGGAGAACUCAUUAAAGCGCCGAUGCUCUUCUCUCAAAGAUUUUACAUGUCCUUGUUGGCUUUUAUCGGACUGAUCAUGGUCUACGUCACUCGUGUAAACAUCUCCGUAGCUAUCCUGUGUAUGAUCAAGAAUCCUGUGGUCAAUGCUACCCUGCUCAACAUGUCGUCUUGGUCAAAUGCUGAAAACUCAUCCAAGAGGACUGCUUGUGGAGAAGGCAGAGACUCCGGGGGUGCAGGUCUCAGUAAUAAAAGUGAACUCCAGACUGGAGAGUUUGACUGGGACAAACUAACAAGGUCUGAGCUCUUGUCAAUGUAUUUCUACGGCUACAUCAUCACACAGAUACCAAGUGGUUGGCUGGCAUCUAGAUACGGAGGCAAGAGAGUCUGGGGUGUGAACAUGCUGGUGUGUGGAAUUUGUUCUUUAGUCUCACCCAUCUGUGCCAGGACUCAUGUCUAUCUUCUUUAUUUUGUUCGCUUUGUGCUCGGAGUAGCAGCGGGUGUCACAUUUCCAUGUCUUCACGCCCUGUUGGGCCAAUGGGCCCCGCCUCUAGAAAGAACUAUACUCACAGCUUGCACUUUUUCAGGAAUCCCAAUUGGCAACAUAGUUACGUUCUCUAUAUCCGGAGUUUUGUGUCAAAGUGGAUUCGAUAACGGCUGGGGCUCUAUAUUUUACCUUUCCGGUAUUUUCACCGUGCUUUGGGUAAUAGCCUGGUUUCUGAUGACUGCAGACACACCUGCCCAACACAAGUGGAUUUCAGAAAGGGAGAGAGUCUAUAUCGAAAGCUCCAUUGGUAAAGGCGCCGUUAAAAAGGUUCGCUACGUGCCAUGGUUGAAAAUGUUCACCUCGGGACCACUCUGGGCUGUCAUUGUAGGUCACUUCUGCAGCAAUUACCUGGCCUACACGCUCAUCACCUCACUGCCAACGUUUAUGAAGGAGAGUUUGAACUUUGACAUCAAGCAGAAUGGUGUAUUGUCUUCGCUGCCCUAUGUCUGUCAGUUCGUCUCGACAGUUUCUGUUGGUCACGCGGCUGACCUAAUCAGACAGAGAGGUUGGAUUUCAACAACGAAUGUCAGGAAAUCUUUUCAAGUUAUUUCUUUUCUUGGCAUCACGCUGUUUGUCUCUAUUGUUGGCCUAAUGAGCUGUGAACAGCGCCACAUCGCGGUGCUCUUUCUUUGUCUGUGCACAGUGUUCAACAGUCUCAGCAGAGGAGGCUACGUGGUCAAUCACUUGGACCUGGCACCAAGUUAUGCUGGGAUUCUCUUUGGUAUCACAAACACUGCCGGCACAAUACCUGGAAUGAUUGCCCCAAUUAUAGCAGGAGCCCUCACUCCAAAUAGAACAGCGGAUGAAUGGAGAAUUGUCUUUUAUGUCUGCGCCGCAGUGGCUGCCUUCGGUGCUGUCGUCUACUUUUUUCUGGCCGAUGGAGAGCUGCAGGAGUGGGCCGUGCCACCUGAUGUUAAGAUUAAGAUGGACAUUCUGGAACCACAUAUGAUUACCAAAGAUAAACCGCCGAGCUUGACAACUUUACUAACACCUGAUAAAGUAAACAGUGUUCCGGAAACUGCUAAAGUUUCAGCUCAAGAAAUCCAACAAGAGAAUGAGGUUGAUAGUGAAAAACUUCAAGAAAUUCUAAAGUCAGACGAAAAUAUCCAAAUAUACAGAUUUUAAUAUUAUUUCCUAACUUCAGCGAGCUGUACUGAAUCAACUGGUGGAUAAAUAGAUAGAUAGAUAGAUAGAUAGAUAGAUAGAUAGAUAGAUAGAUAGAUAGAUAGAUAGAUAGAUAGAUAGAUAGACCAACAGACAGACAGACAAUGAAAUGACAAAUAGAUAGAUAGAUAGAUAGAUAGAUAGAUAGAUAGAUAGAUAGAUAGAUAGAUAGAUAGAUACAUACAUACAUACAUACAUACAUACAUACAUACAUACAUACAUACAUACAUACAUACAUACAUACAUACAUACAUACAUAAAAA